AUGGCCCUCAUCUCCGCCGUCCUCGUCGUCGAAACCUCCACCUCCACCUACACCGCCGCGGCAGCCACCUCUUCCUCUUCCUCUUCCACUGCCUCUUCCUCCGCUUCCUCCCCCACCAGCUCCACACCCUCCGCAUCAGCGCAAUACACCUCCGACAGCACCUUCGAAUCCUCCAUCCUCAACAGCACCAACACCUACCGCGCCAACUACAACGCCACCGCCCUGGCCUGGAACGCCUCCCUCGCCACCUACGCCACCGCCUGGGCCUCGAAAUGCCACUUCAACCACUCGCACGGCGCCGCGGGCGAGAAUCUCGCCGAGGGCUACGCGAACGUGACGGACGCGGUCGACGCGUGGGGCCGGGAGGGCAGUCGGUAUGAUUUCAGGAACGGAGGCGGGUUCAGCGAGUCGACGGGGCAUUUUUCGCAGCUGGUCUGGAAGGGGACGACGGGUGUGGGGUGCGGGCGGGUGGAUUGUGAUGGGCAGGGGGGCGUGCCGGGGUGGUUGGUCGUGUGUGAGUAUUGGCCGGCUGGGAAUGUGGUUGGGGAGUUUGGGCAGGAGGUUGGGAGGGAGGUGGGGAGGUUGGAGGCGGAGGCGGAGGGGAAGGGGGAGGCGGGCGAGUAUCUGGCUUAUUUGGCGGCGAAGAUGAAUGGAGGGGGGAGGAAGGGGGAUCCGCGGGUGGGGUUGUUGAUUGUGGGGGUCGGGAUGUUGACGGCUUUGUGGUUGUGA